CCGAAUUCCGCUGGCAACUUGUCUCGACCCAACAUCUGAUCCUCUUCCUCCGCCUUACUAAAACCGCCACCCUCGGCGCUUGCAUCCACCUGCUGCAACGCCAUCAUGUCUCAGCCUUUCGACCCGAACACGGCCCAGAAUGCCAUCGAGAUUGAAAAACAGUUUGCUGUGAGGGCCGUCGAGCAGGCGCAGACGUACUGGAACCUGAUGGAGAGAGUCAAUCCUCGGGAAUUGAAACUCACGAGCUACGACGACGAAAUAUUUGAACACACUAUGAAAGCGUUCCCGGAGCUUGCAGAGGACAAUUACGCGAAACUCAUCGUGAUUGACGAGGACUGGAUGAAGAGCAAGGACGGGAAGACUCGUUGGCGGGACUUCAUGAUGGCCUACGAAAAGAAGAUCAAGGACUACAACUUCGGAUCUCUCAUAAGAACGGACUGCCGCGAUGAAUACGGCGAGCGAAACACGAUCUUUGUGACACGCAUACAAUUCUACGCCUUUGAGAUCGCACGCAACAGGUUGGGCCUAAACGACAAGGCGCAUGAAAUUGCUAAGGCAGAAGCUGAGAAGGAACGGAUCAAGGCUGAGAAGGAGAAGGCCAAAAAGAAGAAGUCAGGAGCAUCAUAACGCGCUGCGGCAAUCGUUGCGAUACUUACCUCCGCCGUUACGGUAUAUUCGGGGCACAUUAGUCGACACGGCAUAUUGUAACUUGUAAAAGUAUCAUCAUAGGACACAACCGCAGGCGUUGUUACUGGUAGCCAUUACGAUUACCCUGAUAGCACGAGUACUCGGUUUGUGUCAGGGCGAC